GACUUCUACCAUAGCUACCUUGGCACCGCCGGGUCGCACAUCCCUGGGGCAUCCCGGUCCGCAGAACGUGGGAGCAUCCCGUGAGAGCGUUUUGCAACCUGGGUGUCCCCACCAGGGUAACGCUUCCCAAGGAAGGUCGGUCCUGAAUGGCAGUUGAUGACCAAAAUGCACAUCUGGAGGCAAGCUCCUGGUGUCUGCUCCCCACAUCCUCCAGCCCCGCUCCUUUAUUUCCUUCCAUUCAAAAAAAUGACAAAUAUUUGCAUUUGCUGGGAAGAAGAGUCCAGUCAGGACCACUGGGAAUGUUUCAGGAGUAUUUGAAGGCGGUGGAGGACCUUCCUGAAACACCAACCCUGGAAAACACAGCCAUCCUCUCUCCCCAGAUAGAAAUCGCUGCUACUGGAAGAGAUUAUCUUCGCAUAAAAUCCCCACUUAAAAUUAAAAGCCUGGCUAACGGGGCAGCUCGCGGGAAGGGCUCCAGCUGAGCCGGCUGGGCAGUGUGGGGCACGAGCGAUCGAGUGCCCAUAUCAGUUAAAUAAGCGAGAAGAGUAAGGAGUAUUUUUUGCGGGGAGCAGCUGCGGAGGGGUGUGGGGUCCUGGGGAGCCUCCUGGUUUUCCGCCCCUCCUCGGAUCCGGCUUGUGCUGGGGUCUGGUGCCAGGGUCUCCGGCUGUGGCAGAGUGGAAGUGCCCAGCAGCAGGAGCUGGGACCUGAGCUGGAGGUGACCAAAGCGAACCCCAAGCUCUGGUGCAGCCUUGGCUGACUUCUCUUGUGCCUGUUACUUCAGCUGGAGACUUCAAAAGGAUCUGAGCUUUACAGCAUCAGCUCCCCCGAUGGUCACUGGUGAGGUUUAGCUUCUUCUGUACCCUCACUUUUUACCAGCUGUUCUCCCCAAAAUCAGUUUUCUCAUUGUCUUUUUUUAUUUCCAAAGGAUUAUCUGUGUAUUGGAAAAGUCCAUAUUACUUAAACUGGAUUUAAAAAACACACAUUCAAGUAAUUAAUCUGCAUAAAUUGUUUAUGGCACUGGCAAAAUCCAGCAGCCCAGCUCUUUGGGUGCCGGUCCCCUGAUAGCAGGCAGUGCUGUGUUCAGCAUAGCAAGUUCUCAUCUCUGGUGUUGGUGGGACCAAACCCUUCCAGCUGCUGGUGGCCAGCCCAGCUCUCCCCUCCUAGUAUCAGAUGCCUCACUCGAGUGCAUGGGGUCCACCUUGGGUGGUUGUCUUCAUUCUUUCCCUUUGCUUGCCUCGAAGGUGGAGGAAUGAUCGGACGCACUGUCUCAUCCUGCCCCAGCUCUCGUGAUGGUGUUGAACUCAUUAUUUUCACUGGAGGCUGUGGAAGGGCCAGGAGGAGCACUGGGAUAAGUCCUUGCACCAGCAGCUGAUGGGCACAUCGCCCAGUGGAUCCCAUCGUCUCCUUUGAUGCCACCUUGCUGCCCUUGGAUGAGGCUGGGACCUAGUGGGGUGGUCUGUUCAGAUACACUCAAAAUGUGUAUCCUUCAACUUAUUUUCAUUUUUCUACCAUGAUAAUGGUAAUACAGCUCCUGAGGCAAAGGUCUUGGUGGCAGUCAGAUGGCAGCUGCCAUCCUUUUUUGUCUCCUCAUGGUGUGGAGACCUCUGAACCUUCCCUGGCCUGGCCCAGGUGUUUUCUCUCCUGGAAGCACCGCAUGUGCUGGAAGAGCUCCUCCGUAAUGCUCACCUCGGGCUUCACCAUGUGCCAGGGAAUGCUGACAGUGGGUAGACCAAGGAUGAUUUCGGUCUGAAGGCAUCGUCCUCCCAGCCUCGGGAGAGCAGACCCAGAGGCAACGAUGCUGCGUGGCAUAGCGGCCAGGGCAGGACUCUGCCAACAAGAGCCUCGGGGUGAUGCCAUUGGCUUCCAGCCUGGCUUGCAGGGCCUGUGGCCAUCUCCCUGGUGACUCCUGUUUGGGGUGUCCCCUGUGCCACAGGGCAGCGUGGGGGCACGGUGUUCCCAAACAUCCCCCAGGGCCCCCAUGCUGGUGUCUCUUGGGAUUCAGGGCUGUCUCUGGUACACCUUGGUCCUCCUUCUGCUGGCAUCUGAGCCAGUGGCAUCAGCAUCUCCUCCUAGAGUGAGCUACCACAACUGGGAGCAAACCCUGGCAGAUGCAGCGAGGUUUUGGGGUCUCUGUCACCAGAGACCAGCAUUGCUGUGGGGAAAACGUGGUGGUUUUUAUGGCCCAAGCAAAGGGAUCUCUGAGGCGUCAUUUUGGGGAUUAUUUCUCAUCUGGAAAGCAGGAGGUGAGAAGAGUGGCAGCAACUUUAGGGAGGUGCUCACACAGCCCUGCUCAAGGCACUUUGUCCCCGGAGUGGCUCUGGCACAUAUCCGGGCAGGAGAGGAGCGCUUUCUUUCUAAACUUAUGAAUCCAGCAGUGGAUGCAGCCAAAUAGCCCGGAUUAAAUGAUGGGGAGGUAUUUUUUUAACAUCUUCUCUCACUCCCUGUUCAAAGGGAACAUUUAGGACCGAGUGGGAAGACUACAAGUUACUCCAUUUGUGCUGAGCAUCCUCUUAUCCUAUAUGUGGGAAUACAUCCGUGUGUGUACGAGGCACGCAGCACCUGGCCUGGCCAGCCAGCGCUGCCUUUCUGCCUUCCUUUCCCUCUGGCUGCCAGCAGGCACAAAGGCGGGUUUGUUCCCUGCUCCUGCUGUCGAAGGCCGUAGGUGCCCAGCAGCCCUGUGGAGGGGGGACCACAGCCACCCCGGCUCUCUGCAGGAGCUCUCACCUGUCCCCAGCAGGGCGUUAAGCACUGCCGGUGUUAUCCAGAUGGCUUUGCUUGAUUUUGCUGGAGAAAAACCUUUCCUGAGCCCCAGUGACGCUAUGGUUUGCCUUCAGCUGCUGUUGGUGAGUGAUGUUUAGAGACACGUGCCCUCCGGAGACCUUGCCCACACCCCUGUGUCCUGCACGCGCCGGGGCCAGAGCAAAGCUUUGCUAGGCUGGGAUUUGCAUUUUAAUUAAGCUCAUGGAUUUUUUUUUUUUCCAGGCUUCUUGUAGUCAGGUCUCCUUCCUUGCUCGCUUCCCCUGAGCCCCUGCGUCUGCAGGGCUUGGUUGCAAGCAGUUUUCCGGAGGUAUGCUCCAUCCCAGCUCUCCAUUUAUAGAAAGGAAUUAAGGAGAAAUGAGGGAGCAUUACUAAGAGGAUUUGCACUGUGACUUAGUCAGUUUCUCCAAAUAAUUUGCAGUAGCUCUGUAUUCUUUAAUCAACACCCAUUUCCUUUUGGAAAUGAAAGGAGAAGCGGGAAGGUGCCAUCCAGCUCGGCUCUUUGCCAUUAAAUGGGAGGUUUGCAAUUCAAUUUAGGGAGACCUGGAAGGGGGAUGAGGGUGUGCAUAUGUGCAUGUGAAAGAGAGAAGUGUUUCUCAGUGCUCAGACAGCCUCUGCCACUCUGUCCCAGGUGCAGUUUUGGGCUCCUCUGUCCCUCUGUGGAGCCUGCGGUUGCACGUCAGGAGAGGUGUUUUAGUUGAUGUGAACCACGGCUGGGGAUCACCCCAAUGUGGAGCCGUUGGUGGCUCUGCUCUGGCAUGGCAUCUCCUUAUGAGAGGAGCUGGGCUGAGUCAGGGGUGGUGGGGGUCCCAUGGGAUGUGCUCCAGCUCGCCCCAAGGGCUGGCAGUGCUCGUUGCCAGUGGGAUUCCUGGAGUUCUGCAGGGAAUGCACUGAAUUCCCCCAGGGCAGUCUGGCAGCUGGCUGUGGCAACCUAUCAAGCCAGGGCAAAAGACCUUGCACGGGUUUAUGGAGACCCCCUGGGUACUGCGGAAGGAGGAGAAGCAGCUCAGGCAGACCCCACUGCUCAGGGCAGAGAUAAGGUUGGAUAGUCUCUGCUCUAUUAGCUGACUCUGCUCCUUCCCUAAAUGGCCUGAGCCUUUCUGUGCUGGUGGCAGUGGGGUUUCCUUGCCCCGGCUCGAGAGGCACUUGAAACACUACCGGUGCUUGCAGCAUUACCGGUGCUUGCAGCACAUGCGAGCAUGCUGCUUACCCAGCCUUGGCAGAGCAGCUGUGGCCCGGUCCUGCCCUGGGUGCUGCCCUGCUGAGGUCUGCUCCACACCCCAACCCUGUGGCCCUGCCGUGGGGAGGCCGGCGUGGCAGUGUCACCCCCUCGCAGCUCUCAUUGUGCAAAUGGGGCCCUGCCGGCCUCUGCUCUCGCUUCCCUCCCAGCCCCACUGCCUUGCACAAGAGGAAACACCAGGGUUUCCCUUCCUGGCAGCGGGGAGGGGUGUGGGGCUGGAGGAAGGGGCCCGCCUGCCCCACGGCCGCUGUAGUCCCCUGCCCUGCUCCCAGUGCUGGGGGGUACAGCAGCAGGAGAGGAGCCCAUUGGGCUCCUGCGUGGGUAUGGGGACCAGGGUCUGACAUCCCUCCAUCGGCACGAAACUGGAACCAGGCCAGCGGUGCUGCCAAGGACACGCUCCUGUCCUGGCAGGUUAGAAAUGGCCCUCGUGGGGUAGAAGCUUGUAACAGUGCCGGAUGGUGUUGGGAAGCAGCACCUGUGGGUUGGGGUGAAAGACCCACUCUGUGGCAAAGAGGUCUGAGCUUUCUUUCAAGGCAGCUCCAAACUUCCCUCCUCCUUGAUCCAGUUUCGCAGCCAAAACUCGUGGACAGGAGCAUACACCGCUGUCACCUCGCCUGACCCCACUCGUCCCUCGGAGGUGACACGUGCAGCCUUGGUCCCUCACUGCUGCCCUGCGCUCCUCUGGUUUGCUUGCACAGGCACUGUCGGAGCCGCUGGCCAGUGCAGCGGUGGUUUGGGCAUCUCCGGAGUCCCGGUGCCUGCUCCGAGGGGCUCCCAGGACGGGACCCCUGCCCUGCCCUCCCCGGGGACACAUCCACAUCUGCAAAGACAGAAAAUUGGAACCUGUCUUUUCCUCGGAAAACCUUUCUACUGUCCACAUGGAUCUCGUGUGUUCUUCAAAUGGAGUGGGGGACUCGGGGUGGAGGAUCCUGGAGGCCACCGCCCAAAGCUAGGGGCUGCCAGAGCCCUGUUACCUCCCCACUGUGGCUCCUCACUGGAGCAUCACUGGGGGCCUCUUCGGUUGGAAAAACGUGUCCUUGCUUUACCAGGAAAAGCUGGCAGGAAAGAGCAGUUAAACUGGGGGCUCCAUUUCCAGCCUUCCUGGAGAUGCGGCGGCCCUGUCCGGUACUUCAAGGACCACCUAUCCUGGCACUCCUCACCGUGCCAGUGGCCCAUUGACCUGGAGCCAGAUCCGUGGCGUGUGCCACCCAUGGCUGUUGGGACGUGGGCAUCACACUCCAGGCUUCUUCUGCUGCUGGCAGAGAAGUGCCUUCCUGAGGAUUUAACUGGGAAUUUUUUAAUACUGAAUUUUAUGUUUUCGUAAAUGGCAAGGGGUUGCAGCUGCCGGCCAAGGCAGAGCUGCAGAGGUGGCUCACACCCUUGGUCCUCCUGCACUGGGAACCUGCUCGCCACCAUCCAGUCCCUCGGGGAGGGAUGCCCAUUGGGGUCAGGUUUCUCCACCACUAGUGUUUCUUCCAGCUCUCCAUAAAGCCAGGCUAAGAUGCUGGUUCUGCUCUGUGUCCAGCCUGCUGCUGGACCAGGAUGCAGCUGGUCAUCUAGGUCCCCUGCCACCUCAAAAUGAGCCUCUUGCAUCUUACUGAUGACCUCCAUGGUCACCUCCAUGGUCCUUACUGGUCACCUCCAUAAUCCCCAUGGUCACCAGCAAGCAGGGACCUGGUGGUGAGCGCGGCGAGCAGCUCAGCAUGGCUGGAGACCCACCGUGAUCCCCAGCAGAGCCAGCACCAUAGGGAUGGGGCUGCAAACACCAUGGGGCUGCAUGGACUGGCCUUGCUGAGAGCAGCCGGUGCAGCUGGAGUGAGCAGCAGCGUCUCCACAGCAGCACUGAUUCAUACUGGGACAUCAGGACCCAGAGCUUGUGUUUCAGCUAAAGGGGUGCUCAGCCCUGGGACUGGGGUGCAGUUGGCAGUUGUGGGUGACAGCAGAAGCUGUCUCAGCCCUUCAACAAGUUGUCUCUGUCCAGUGGGCAAAUGUUUUGGUGGCAGAGGGACUUUCUGGGGAGGUGGGUCGGGCUCAAUGCUGGGGGGUUUAGGCCGUGCCCAGCCAGACAGGGGGGCUAUGGCUGGUGCCUGUGGGGCCCCCCAGCCCAAUUCAGUGCAGAGUCAUCAGAGUUGGUUGUGAUGAAGCUGUAGCAGGGCUGCCUUGAAGAGGGUGAGCAAGCAGGAGUACAAGGAGGACUGCAGUGGGGAAGGUUUUGGGAUUAAUCCCACUGCUUUAAUUGGUUUAUAUCAGUAAUUAGCUACUUCUGGCCGUGAUGAGCCAGCCAGUUUCUUCCCUCGGCAGCAGCAUCCUCACAGAGCAGGUGCCAGGCAAGUGCUCAGUGACGUGGGAGCCUGGGGAGAGGGCAGCCCUGCACAAGCAUCGCUGCGCUCCCAGCAUCACUGCGCUCCCACGGAGGAUCAGCCGCAGCAUCCCCCCACUGCCGGCACAGCUUCCCAUAGGUCAGAAAUGGGGUAGCGUUAAAAAUCCUCCCCAGCAGGUGCUUCCAGCAGCUGCCGCUGCCUCCCCGAAGGCUAAAUAGAGCACUAGCUCUGCCCAGGCUCCUCAGCGUGGGCUUCCCGAGGUCCCUGGCAUCUGAAUUGCAUUGUCUUCCCUGGCAGAGAGCAAAAGGGCGGCUUGUGGGCAGGGUUGUGCUGGGGAGAGGGUGCCUGCAGUGCUGCCUGCCCCGCAGGAGGCUUGUGUCAGCUCCCAGUGGGAUCGGAGCGGCUGGGGAGUGCCGGGCAGCGGGGACGGGUUGUGCUGUCUCUGGAUGUGCCGGUGGCUGAGCGCUGGGGAGGUGGCAGCAGGUGCCAGCCAGGGCAGCUGCCUGCGCUGGGGGCAGCAGGUCAGUCUCCUGCCCCUGUAAUCCCACAGCCAGGGCCGUGCCCAGCUGUGGGGUGGGUGGGCUGUAGCAGAGCACCAGCAAUUGUGGAGCUGCGCUGCUUUGGUGCCGGUUAAGCUGGGACCAGACCUUUGCUGCCAGACAGCGCAGGCAGCCCAGGUCCUGCUCUGCCGUGCAGCGCACGAUGGUCUUACUGUCCUGCUGCCAGAUUCCUUGUGCCCCCUGAAAUGCCCUCUCCACUCAGCCCCCCCAAAAGCAGAGCAGGAGCAGCCGCCUGCUGCCUGUAAUCCGAGGGCAGGGGAGGGAUUUGCCUUCCCUCUGCCUGUCCCAGUGCCCCGAGGGCAGGAGAGGGUCCUUUGUGGUCACUGCUUUAAUUGCAUCAUUAUUAUGCUGAGUAAAUGAGUCCUGGCAGCAGCAGAACCUGGUGGAUGCCAACGACAUCCCAGAAAGGCAUCCAGCAGUGGGCACCGUCCAGCUGGCACGAGCAGCGGCCGGGGACCUGGAUGGGACCCAGCCACCGACAGACUGUCAGCAUCAAUAAGGCUAUUAAUGCGCAGGAAGUGGCUGUCAAGGAGAAACACGCCAGAACAUGCAUCCUGGGCACGCACCAUGAGAAGGGGGCGCAGACCUUCUGGUCAGUGGUGAACCGGCUGCCGCUGUCAGGCAACGCCGUGCUCUGCUGGAAGUUCUGCCACGUCUUCCACAAACUCCUCCGGGACGGCCACUCGAACGUCCUGAAAGACUCCAUGAGAUACAAGAAUGAGCUGAGUGACAUGAGCAGGAUGUGGGGCCACCUGAGCGAGGGCUAUGGGCAGCUCUGCAGCAUCUACCUCAAACUGCUGAGAACCAAGAUGGAGUUUCACAGCAAGAAUCCCCGCUUCCCUGGCAAUCUCCAGAUGUCCGACCGGCAGCUUGAAGAGGCAGGGGAGAACGAUGUCAAUAACUUUUUUCAGCUGACAGUGGAGAUGUUUGACUACCUGGAGUGUGAGCUGAACCUCUUCCAGACAGUGUUCAGCUCCCUGGACAUGUCGCGCUCGGUGUCGGUGACAGCCGCGGGGCAGUGCCGCCUGGCCCCGCUCAUCCAGGUGAUCCUGGACUGCAGCCACCUCUACGACUACACUGUCAAGCUGCUCUUCAAGCUCCACUCCUGUCUGCCAGCGGAUACCCUGCAGGGCCACCGGGAUCGCUUCCUGGAGCAGUUCAGAAAACUGAAGGACCUCUUCUACCGCUCCAGCAACCUGCAGUACUUCAAGCGGCUGAUUCAGAUCCCACAGCUGCCAGAGAACCCUCCCAACUUCCUUCGUGCCUCGGCGCUGUCGGAGCACAUCAGCCCCGUGGUGGUCAUCCCUGCCGAGGCAUCCUCACCCGACAGUGAGCCCAUCACAGACCUGGUGGAGAUGGACACGGCCUCACAGAGCCUGUUUGACAAUAAGUUUGAUGACAUCUUCGGCAGCUCUUUCAGCAGCGACCCCUUCAACUUCAACAGCCAGAACGGGAUGAACAAGGAUGACAAGGACCGGUUAAUCGAGCGCCUUUAUGGGGAGAUUGCAGCCCUGAAGGAGGAGCUGGAGAACUUCAAGGCUGAGAGUGCACGGGGCAUGGUGCAGCUGCGCGGUCGCACCAGUGAGCUGGAGGCCGAGCUGGCCGAGCAGCGGCACCUGAAGCAGCAGGCACAGGACGAGAGCGAGUUCCUGCGUGCAGAGCUGGAGGAGCUGAAGAAGCAGCGGGAGGACACUGAGAAGGCACAGAGGAGCCUGACAGAGAUCGAAAGGCGGGCACAGGCCAACGAGCAGCGCUACAGCAAGCUGAAGGAGAAGUACAGCGAGCUGGUGCAGAACCAUGCCGACCUGCUGCGGAAGAAUGCGGAGGUGACCAAGCAGGUGACGGCGGCCAGGCAGGCCCAGGGGGAUGUGGAGCGGGAGAAGAAGGAGCUGGAGGACUCCUUCCAGCGGGUGAGCGAGCAGGCUCAGAGGAAGUCUCAGGAGCAGGCAGAGGUGUUGGACACGCUGAAGCGGGAGCUGGCAGCCAGCAGACAGGAGAUGCAGGUCCUCCAGGGCACCCUGGAGUCCAGCACACAGGUGGGAGCAGAGCAGAGCACCCGGAUCGCUGGCCUGGAGCAGGAGAGGGACAGCCUGAGCCAGGCAGCAGAGCAGCACAGGGAGGAGAUGGCUGCCCUGCGGGCCGAGCUGCAGCAGCUGCAGGACACGCUCAGCCAUGAGCAAGAGAGCAGCAAGAUGGAGCUGGAGACGUUGCAGACCCAGCUGAAAGACAAGCAGGAGAGCAGGGAGCGGGCGCUGCAGCAGCGCCUGGACGAGGAGCAGUUUGCCCUCUUACAGGGCACCGCGCGGGAGGCGGAGCGGAUGGUGCAGGAUGCCCUCAGUCGCCUGGAGGAUCCCGCUCACAUCAGCUGUACCGGCUCAGCAGGGACGCAUUUGAGUCCUGCCUGCUGUCUGCCGGCAGAUUGCCUCCUGUCCAGGACACUGGCAGCCUCUGAGUGCGUGGAGCGGCUGCAGGACGCACACAGCAAAUACCUUUCCAAUCACGGAGCCGUGGGCUCCCUGCUGCCCUGCCUGGCCCUCUUCGCCCACCUCGUCAGUGACACCCUGCUGCAGGGCAGUGCUACCUCCCACGUGGCCCCCAUGGAGCCUGCUGACCGUCUGCUGGAGAUGUGCAAGCAGUGCGGCAGCGAGGCCGUGAGCUACCUCAGCACCCUGCAAGACCCGGGGACGGUGGAAGGCGCUGACUGCAGCCUGGUGAUGACCUGCCUGGGCCAGAUCAGCGCUAUUGGGGAGGAGCUGCGGCCCAGAGGGCUGGACAUCAAGCAGGAGGAGCUGGGUGACCUGGUGGACAAGGAGAUGGCAGCAACGGCGGCGGCCAUUGAAACGGCGGCCGCCCGCAUCGAGGAGAUGCUGAGCAAGGCGCGGGCUGGUGACACCGGGGUCAAACUGGAAGUGAACGAGAGGAUCCUGGGCUCCUGCACAGGCCUCAUGCAGGCCAUCCACAUCCUGGUCCUGGCCUCCAAGGACCUCCAGAGAGAGAUCGUGGAGAGCGGACGGGGCGCAGCAUCCCCCAAGGAGUUUUAUGCCAAGAAUUCCCGCUGGACCGAGGGUCUCAUCUCUGCCUCCAAGGCCGUGGGCUGGGGUGCCACGGUGCUGGUUGACGCUGCUGACCUGGUGGUGCAAGGCAAGGGGACGUUCGAGGAGCUAAUGGUCUGUUCCCGGGAGAUCGCAGCCAGCACUGCCCAGCUGGUGGCAGCCUCCAAGGUGAAGGCAGACAAAGACAGCGCCAACCUUUGCAAGCUCCAACAAGCCUCCCGGGGUGUCAACCAGGCCACAGCCAGCGUGGUGGCCUCCACCAAAGCUGGGAAGUCACAGGUGGAGGAGAAAGACAGCAUGGACUUCUCCAGCAUGACACUCACCCAGAUAAAGCGUCAGGAGAUGGACUCACAGGUGCGGGUGCUGGAGCUUGAAAACCAGCUGCAGAAGGAGCGGCAGAAGCUGGGGGAGCUGCGCAAGAAGCACUAUGAGCUGGCAGGAGUGGCGGAGGGCUGGGAGGAGGACGCUGCGGAUUAGCACCCGUGACAGAAGCAGCCCACAGGGGACACCCCCACAGCGGGCUGGGACCCAGCUCAGUGCAGCCUUACGGGAAGAUCCUCAACAAACCGGUGCAAAAGCCACGCCUAAGCACAUGUCCUCUGCGUCCCCCCCUGCCGAGAGCUGCCUCCAGCGCCAGAGCACCGAGAGCCGCCUGGCAAGACCCCGGGGCCAGGAGCAAGGGCUCGCCGGCCUGACGCCAGCUGCAAACCGCACGUGUAUUUAUUAGAGCUGCUUGGGGUUGGGGGGUCUCUGGGGGUGGGGGGCGGUCUUUAACCCUUUAGUUUUGUUUUUGCACAGAUACUCAGAACUCUUUGAGCCAGCUCUGGCUGAGCAAGAGCGGUUGGGUUCUUUUGCCUCUCGCUGCUUCUCCAGCCUUAACCCCGUCUCUGGCUCGGUGCGAACAUCCCCCACGAAGGAGCCUGCUGUGAUGCCAAGGGCCCCGGGGGUGCCGCCAGGUCACGAGCCAGCUUUUAGGGUGCUGCUGGGCUUGGUGCUAGGUGUGCUCCCCCCUCCAGCGGGGGCACUGAGUGCCUUUGGCUGCUGCAGGGUGUGGGGGAGCAUUCCCGUGGGACAACCCGGCCAGUGAGACCAGGGUGCUGGCAGCAGCCAGCAGUGAGGAGGGAGUGGGACGGGUAGUGGGAACGAUGCUGCCGUGAGUGCUUGCCCCCCCAUCCUGGGUCCCCAAAAUGCCACACACAGCCUCCCCGGAGCUGGGCUGCCCUGCCCCAACAGAUCACUGUGUUUAUGCCAGCAAUAAAUGCUCUGCAAGGUGCUGGGCAUGGGUUUGGGCAACUGUGGUGCCACUGCACAAGCCACCAGCUCUUGGGGAUGGGGGGUGGCUCCAGGGCAGCAGCACAGAGGGUUUGGGGGCCAGCCGGGGUGCCCCAAAACCAGAGUGACGGCAAUCCUGCCCGCUCACUCUGGGCUAGUGCCACCCCUGUGUCCUUGCCACCCGCUUCAGCGCACAGGGUAUUGGUGCCAGCAUUGCAAUGGGGCGGCUGUGGGGCUGGCACCAGCCAGGGAACCUUUGUGCCUUGGAGCAGUGGGGCUCAGAGGGCAGCGGGGUGUCUGCCAGCUCUGGGCCCCCAGCUCGUCUCACUGGGGUGGGGACGGUGGCAUCAGACUGCGCAGCGCUGUCCCUGUCCCCUAUGUCCACCCCCAUGGUCCUGCCGGUGUCCCUUGCUGGGCCAGGGUGUCCUUCCCCGCCUAGCAGCAUCGCUGCCUGCACCCUGCCUUCAGGCAGCUGCCCCUUCCUGGGGGGGAGACAGCCAGACCAGCCCAUCAGCGUGCUGGGGUUGCGGGGUUUGGCCUUUCUCCCUUUAGGAAGCAGUGGCAUCGCCUGGUGUGGCUGGGCUGUCACCGUGUGCUUUCCCACUGACAUCCAUCAGUGCUUGGCUGGCACGUGGAGCAGUGGGACCUGCCUACACCCUCCUGCCUGGCCAGGCCGUUGCCAUGGCCUCAGGGCUGCCACCCUCUACACGCAGAAGAGCGCAACUGUCCACCAUGCAGGGACCCGGGGUCUCCGCGUCCCCAAGCCAGCCCUGCUGCCAACACACCUGCGCUGUGCCCGCAGCCUACUGGGGAGCCCCUCGAGGACCUCUGGGCUCCCCCCCCCGCGGCUCCCACUGCCGCCCCAUGGCCCACCGUGGCCAUACCCUGACCCGCGCCAGCUCCCCUCCGGAUGCAAUACCAACCAUCCUGUUCCUGCAGGACACAGGGAGCCCCAAAACCCUCCCCACUCUUUUGGGGGGGGGUCUCGCCUGCAUGGGGUACCCCCAACUACCUCAGGCCUCCGGGUUGGGUCGGGGCUGGGGGGUGGCGAGGGGGUCACGGUGGCAGUGGCACCGCACUCAGCUGAAACCACUUCCUUUUGUAUGUCGGCUGGGUGCUGGCAGUGGGGGAGUGACCCCCCUGUGGUCCGUGGCGCUGGCGGCUGGUGAUAGGGAUGGUGGGGGUGCCCCUCCACUGCAGGUGGGGUCGACUUUUUUUUCAUUGUAUAAUAAUAAUAAUAAUUACUAUGUUGUGUUUUUUCGAUUUUUCAAUAAAGCCUUCAGCCCAGCC